CAUUCUCCUCCCCCCGCCUUCUUCUCACCGAACCACAGCUCUGCAACUGCGGGAAGGAGUCUGCCUCUCCUCUUCGAAGGCUUUGGGGAGUUCGGUCGUCGUCUCGUUCUUCUCUCUUACCAAUCGUAGAAGCCCACUGCCUUCGAGAGGGUCCGUUUCUCGAUUGCUGGUUCUGUUUCUUUGUAAUCUUGGCCUGAAUUUCCCGGCCUUUCUCCGAGAAGAUGGCGUCUUGCACGGCUCAAAUCCAUUUCCUGGGUCUAACCGGAGCUGGGUCAUCCUCUAAGAUUCCGAAAUCGGGGCGGCCCUCGCAGUCGCUGUUCUUUGGCCAAACCCUAAAUUCAUCCAAGACGGCGCCGUUCUUGAAGCUCAACACCCGGGGAACGAGGUCGAGGAGGUAUGCGGUUGGCCCUGUCAGGGUAGUCAACGAGAAGGUGGUGGGCAUUGACUUGGGGACCACGAACUCGGCGGUGGCGGCUAUGGAGGGAGGGAAGCCUACCAUAGUGACCAACGCCGAGGGGCAGAGGACCACUCCCUCGGUUGUGGCUUACACCAAGAACGGCGACAGGCUGGUGGGGCAGAUUGCUAAGCGGCAGGCCGUCGUUAACCCCGAGAACACCUUCUUCUCGGUGAAGAGGUUCAUUGGGAGGAAAAUGUCCGAGGUGGAUGAGGAGUCCAAGCAGGUGUCUUACAGGGUUGUGAGGGAUGAGAAUGGCAAUGUGAAGCUCGAGUGCCCUGCUAUUGGCAAGCAGUUUGCUGCUGAGGAGAUUUCCGCACAGGUGUUGAGGAAGCUGGUGGAUGAUGCAUCAAAGUUCUUGAAUGACAAGGUGACCAAAGCUGUCGUGACUGUGCCUGCCUACUUCAAUGACUCCCAGAGGACAGCUACUAAGGAUGCUGGCCGUAUCGCUGGUCUAGAAGUUCUUCGUAUAAUCAAUGAGCCGACUGCAGCAUCACUGGCGUAUGGUUUCGAAAAGAAGAACAAUGAGACCAUUCUUGUGUUUGACCUUGGAGGUGGUACCUUUGAUGUCUCAGUGCUUGAGGUUGGUGAUGGAGUGUUUGAGGUGCUUUCCACUUCUGGAGAUACCCACCUUGGUGGUGAUGACUUUGAUAAGAGAGUUGUUGAUUGGCUUGCUGGAAACUUUAAGAAGGAUGAGGGCAUUGACCUUUUGAAGGAUAAGCAAGCCCUUCAGAGGUUGACUGAGACAGCUGAGAAAGCCAAAAUGGAACUCUCAUCUUUGACUCAGACAAACAUCAGUCUGCCCUUCAUCACUGCCACUGCUGAUGGCCCCAAGCAUAUUGAAACUACUCUUACAAGAGCCAAAUUCGAGGAAUUGUGUUCAGACCUCCUUGACAGGCUGAGAACGCCAGUAGAGAAUUCCUUGAGAGAUGCAAAGCUCACUUUCAAAGACUUGGAUGAGGUUAUCCUUGUCGGUGGUUCUACCCGUAUCCCAGCUGUUCAGGAGCUCGUCAAGAAGAUGACAGGGAAGGAUCCUAAUGUCACGGUUAACCCUGAUGAAGUUGUUGCUCUUGGAGCAGCCGUACAGGCUGGUGUUCUUUCUGGUGAUGUGAGUGACAUUGUGCUUCUGGAUGUGACCCCGUUAUCUCUUGGGUUGGAGACUCUUGGCGGUGUGAUGACCAAGAUUAUCCCGAGGAACACUACCUUGCCCACUUCAAAGUCCGAGGUUUUCUCAACUGCUGCUGAUGGUCAGACAAGUGUUGAGAUUAAUGUCCUUCAGGGCGAGAGAGAGUUUGUCAGGGACAACAAGUCUCUUGGAAGUUUCCGGUUGGAUGGUAUUCCCCCGGCGCCUCGUGGCGUACCACAGAUUGAAGUGAAAUUCGAUAUUGAUGCCAAUGGUAUCCUCUCCGUUACUGCCGUUGACAAGGGUACUGGAAAGAAGCAAGAUAUCACCAUAACUGGUGCUAGCACCUUGCCUGGUGAUGAGGUGGAGAGGAUGGUGAAGGAGGCUGAGAGGUUCGCAAAGGAGGACAAGGAGAAGAGAGAUGCCAUUGACACCAAGAACCAGGCCGACUCCGUUGUAUACCAGACAGAGAAGCAGCUGAAGGAGCUCGGAGACAAGGUCCCUGCAGCCGUGAAGGAGAAGGUCGAGGCCAAGCUCGGAGAGCUUAAGGAAGCGAUCUCAGGUGGCUCAACCCAGGUCAUGAAGGAUGCGAUGGCUGCCCUGAACCAGGAGGUAAUGCAGCUCGGCCAGUCACUUUACAACCAACCAGGUGCACCGGGUGCAGGCGGGGCUGCUCCUGGCGGCUCAGCUGAUCCCACAGAGUCAUCCAGCGACAAGGGUCCAGAAGGAGAUGUCAUCGAUGCUGACUUCAGUGACAGCAAGUAAGCGGAAUGACAGUAUCUUUGGGUAGGGAUUUUUUUGGUUUGCCCUCUUUCGUUUACCUUCAUCUGAUUCCUUGAAGGUGUUAUAGGCAAUGAAUUUUGAGAGAGAGAUACGGUAUUGUGUGUUGAAAGAGUCUGCUUGAAUUAAUGAGCCUGUCCUCGUUAUUAUUCUUGGGGGAAAAGGAUACAAAGAGAGGUUAUCAGUUACUAGUUGGCAGGGACGAUGAAAAAGCUUGUUAACAUGUGAUGUCCAAGAUUAUGAUUGUCAUCUUAGUGGUAAAGUCUCAUUCAAACUUUA